AUGCCUCGGAUUCUCGGAUCGACCGCCCACCUGGCGCCUCUUGUCUUGAAGGAACUUGGAAUUGAUUACAACACUCCUGAAGCUGCUGCAGUCUUUCCUCCUCUGCCUGACCCUUUCUACGCAACCGAGCAGAGGAUCGACUCACUUCAAUCGGUGGAUGCCAUAAAAAAGUUCCAAGACGACGUGAAUGAUAAUCUCGCCAGCUCAAAAAAGCCUUUCGCAGCUCCUUACCCACAGAUUGUUACCGAUUAG